AUUUUAUGGUAAUCUGAAUUAUUUUUGAGUGGUUAAAUUUACAACAAAUUAUUAUAGUUAAAAAUAUUAUAAAAUCAGUUAAAACCACUGACAUUCGGUAAUGUUAACAAUGUUUAUGGUCAUUUAUUCAUGGUAAAAUUAACUACACAGUGGUUUUAAACAGCAUACAAAACAUUACAAUAUUCUAUGGUAUAAAUAACUGCCUUUGUUCUCAACAUAAGAGCUCGCAAUAUUGAAAGUAUAUUACACUCUUUAUUUUACCAUAUUCAUGGUAUUAAAGAGAAUAUUUCACCAACAAAAAUCAACCGAAGUUAUUUGUCAGUAAAAACAACUAUUCAGAAGUAGUUUUUUUCUCAGUGUUUGUUUACGCACCGACCGCCAUUUUAUAGUUUGUUACAUUUCGCGAAAGCUACCGCGCGUUCAAAUUUUGCUCCGGAAAAUAUAUUAAUUUUAAAGUAGAAAAUGGCAAAUAUCGACGACUCGGAAAUGAAAUUGGUGGAGCUUAUUAUAACUAACCCGGAGGAAUCCGAAUUAUCUGAUGGUAAGCUAAAAUUCAAACUAAAUUUGCAGCCAAUUCAUCUUCGCUUCUUUUUAGGCGCAGAUUCUGAUCCUGACGGCGAUUGUGAACUACGACAUCUAGUAACCGGAACAUGGGGCUUGGACCGGGCUGUUUACGAUAUUUUGAUCGCUCAUGGUUAUACCAGGGAGUACGCAAGGACGCUGGACGAAAAGGCGUUAAAUGACGUUUUUUCCGUCGCCAAAUGGACGGCCCAUAAGCAUGCGCUCCGCCAGAAAUUGAUGAAGUGGGAGGAAAGUAUCCUCUACCAAGAAGGCAAUACGGAAGAGGCAGCUCAGCGAAGCGACUCGGUUCCCGUUCGGAACGAGGCAAACUCGGCGGUAUCCGGCUCACCUCAACGAAAGCUCCUCCCGACAAGCGUCUCGCGAGCUCUGCUGGAUAGUAUUUUGGAACGCAAUGAGAAAGGGAAGAUCGUCUGCAAGUACUUCCAGUUACACCAAAGACUGGAUAAACAACAGCGGAAGUUUUUGGCGCACACUAUCGUCGAUUACUACAUUGCCAGCCAAAAAUAUUUUUCGCUCCCAGACAUGUCGAGAUUUGCGGAACUCAUAGCUGAACGUUUCCCAUCUGAGAUACCAGUGACGUACUACAAUCCUCGCAACAAGUCUGCAAAUAAGAGGCACCCAUCCGGUAUGCUGUAUGACCGCUUCCACAACAGGAAAAAAACAUCCCCUACAACGAUUUCCAGUACUCCGGCGACAGAAACAACCUUCCAUUCGGAGCAAAAGGAAGCGGCCCUGCAGUUAUCUGUAACAGGUAAAACUAUUAGGGUAAAAGCACUAUUCUUCAUCGCUACUCAAAAUUUCCCCGCUUUCUAACCGGUUUUCCCAAACCAAAAAAAUUGUUGCUCUAUAAAAGUUUGGUUAAACCAUUCUUAAGACUUCAAGCUUAAAUAUCUAUUAUUCUACCACUUCUGCUGCUUUAAGAAUUUUCAGGAACGAUAUCUAGUGCUUUUACCCUAUUAAUUGAAAUUCUGAAUCAUAUCCAAGAAUUUAUUAAGAACUUAUUUUAUUGACGUAACUAAGAUUUUGGA